GACGAUGUACACAGUACACUGUUUGAGCAGGAUCCUUGUGCACAUGUUUUUGACUAGGAUGGAUAGCCAGGGUGGGAAUAGAGAGAAUAUACUUUGCGUUUGCCAAAAAGUAUAAUGAGAAGAGCAGACGAUGAGACUCAGGUUGUAAUUCAACUGAUGGUGACAAUUUUAUCUUUGCUUCAACUGAUAAUUUAAUUUUGAUGAAAGGCUAACUCAAUACCUAUUCAAGACUUGAGGAAGCUUCCACUUUCUAUACCUUCCAGUUAAUAUCUUGUGGCCCGGGCUGGAGUAAACUAGCUGUCGGUACAUUCCCCCUGACACUGGAACUCAGUGGUCAACCUCACAGAGGGAGUCACAGUCGGCCUGCACCUGGGAGAAGUAGAAUGGGAGGGUGGUGUUUGAUUAAGGUGGUUAUUAUUGAAGUUGGGAGCUAGCUGAGAUUUCUGUUUCCCUCCUGUACCUGUGUUUUUUAUUUUGCACUUUAAUGUAUUGUUUCAUUGCUUGUGUCUUCUUUCCAUGUAUUUAAUUCUGUGUCUGUGGCUCAGACCCACGCGACGUCAUAGCAAGGUGUUGGGUCCCAUGUGCUCGAGGGUGUGUUACACUUUAAAGUGACGCAUUACCUUUAUCAGCUCAUGCCAGCCAUGCGUUGCACUGAUAAGGCCGACGCAUGUAUGCACGUGUGUGCGCAUCUAUGCGUGUGUGUCUACUCAUCCUAUGUAUCUAUGUAAAACAAAUAGCUAUUUUUAGCAUUAUUCAUUGUGUAUGUGUCCGACACAGCAACGAGUAUAUCUCCAACAUGAAUUACUCCUGAAGCCUUUGGGCCUUGGUUUUUGUUCAGGGAAAAGACUUGUUGGUGGAAUGAGAUCCAUGGCCUCAUUAUCUAAGACGUAGCCAGUGCGUUUGGUUGUUUUUCUCAUAGCGUCAGAAGAGAAGUGAGUGAUGCAGAGAUAGAGGGUUGAGAGGACAGUUGCUUGAGGGAGAGAGGUACUGGAACUAAUACACCUGAGAGUGAAUCGACUGCAGAGGAUGUCACAUUCUGGACAGAUUAAAGAGUUGGUCGUCUAGCUGCCAGGAAUAUGACUGAGAACCAACUGGAACAUGAGCUUCUGCCAUUACCUCAGUCGUCAUUCGCUCAGCCUCCAGCGCCCGACCACCCCCAAGGUCCUCAUCAGAACCAGGAGCUUCAAGGCCUCGCUCAGCAUGAUAUCCCACUCCACCCACCAUCAGACUCAGACUCCAGCACCCAGAACAGGCACCGGCUCCCCGGCCAGAGUCCAAGGUGGACCAACCAUAGGAGGCUCAUUCUUCUUGUUCUCCUAGGUUCUUCGCUGUGGGCUAUCGUGCUGGUCCUGGUUUACUACAGUCAACAGGAUGUUAAGACACAAAGCAAAGAGACCACGCCAACUGAGAAAGUCACUCAGUGUCUCUCCAAAGCUUGUCAGAGGGCCUCAGUCCGGUUAUAUACCUCUGUAGACCCCUUCAGCCAUCCCUGUGAUUACUUCUUGAUUACCUGUGGGUCUGACAGAGCUUGGCCGACCACCAGGGGGAAACAAAGAGGCGAAGGCCCAACCCUGAAUUUACAGAGACAACCGAAAGGAGCAGAGAUGAGAACAAAGAAGAAAGAGAAGAAUCUGGAUGGAAAUAUGAAAGUAGAGGAAAUACUGGAUAGAAAGAAUGCAUUGAUGCGGUAUCUCCAAGAGGCUUUGGAAUCAAAAAGUAGGUCUGGUUCAGCAGUGCAGAAGGUCAAGGACUUCUACCGUUCCUGUUUGGACACCAAAUCCAUAGAGACUGCUGGGGUGGAGCCCUUCCUCACACUGGUGCAGCAGCUGGGAGGCUGGGGAAUAUCAGGCCAGUGGAACCACAGUGACUUCAACUCUACGCUGAAGGUUCUCAUCAGACAGUACGCCUCCUUCCCGUUCUUCAACCUCUAUGUGGGGAGAGACCCCAAUGAGAUCCUCCGUGGGACCGACCGGAAAUACAUACAGAUAGAUGAGCCUGAUCUGUUAAUCCCCAUUGCAUGGAACAACACGGCGCAGAAGUCCAUGGCUAAAACUCAGACCUUGUUCCCCUUCUUGGCAUUGUGCCAGAGGUACCUGGCUCUCCUUGGGGCUCCCUCUGGCAGCAAGAUCGUCCACGUGGGCAUGUUCAUCUCUCUGUCCUCUGAGCUGGCCGUGGCCACGUCCCCCCUGUCCUACCGCCUGUUGAACGGACUUCUCUACCAGCGCAUCACCAUCAAAGAGCUGGCGAAUGAAGCUCCUGUCAUCGAUUGGCUGGGCUGCCUGCAGGCCGCCUUCCACCCCCACCCUGUUAGGCCAGAGGACCAUGUACUUCUGCAUAACCUCCCCUACAUUGUGCAGAUGUCCAAUGUUAUCCAGAAGUGGCUGACAGAGCAUGAAUUGAGAAGCAGUGGUCCAGUGCGCACCUUCAUGUUCCUCAAACUUUUGCACACCUUCACACCUGCACUAGACUCCCGCUUCAGGGAGACGGAGAGGAGGUUUUAUCUGGCCUUGGGACACACUGUACCGGAAGUUCCGCGCUGGAAGCAUUGUAUCACGGAGACGGAGAAAGGAUUUGACACUGUUCUCCUCCAUAGUGCUACUCCAGAGUACCUGGCUGGUCACUACAUGCUGCAGGGGGCCUCCAGCCUCCUCCCAGUCAUGUCCCUCUCGCCCCAGGAGGGGGAGUGUGUGUUGGAUAUGAGUUCGGCCCCUGGGGGCAAGACAACCUAUAUCGCUCAGCUUAUGAAGAACACCGGGACAAUCGUUGCCAACGAUGCCAAUGCCGAGCGACUCAAGAGUGUGGUCGGAAACGUCCACCGUCUGGGCGUCACCAAUGCCGUGAUCUGCAACUACGACGGCAGGCAAUUCCCCAAGGUCAUGGGGGGCUUCGAUCGAGUGCUGCUGGACGCGCCGUGUUCAGGCACCGGGGUCAUCGCUAAAGACCCCGCCGUGAAGACCAGCAAGGAUGAAGCAGACAUCCUUCGCGCCGCCCAUCUGCAGAAGGAGCUGCUGCUGGCAGCCAUCGACUCUGUGAAUGCAGACUCUGCGACAGGAGGCUACCUUAUCUACUGCACGUGUUCCAUCAUGGUGGAGGAGAACGAGUGGGUCGUAGAUUACGCUCUGAAGAAGAGAAACGUCAAAUUGGUUCCCGCUGGACUAGACUUUGGCACAGAAGGCUUCACCAGGUUCCAAGAGCGCCGAUUCCAUCCUUCUCUUCGCCUCACGCGCCGAUUCUACCCUCAUUCUCACAACAUGGACGGCUUCUUCGUGGCCAAGCUGAAGAAGUUCUCCAACUCAGUUCCUGCUUCAGAAAUGGAAGAUGGAGACGAGGACAAGACGGAGACCUCUGAGUCCGUAGUGGUCGCAGGCAGUGCUGAUCAGAAACCAUCCAAAAACAAGACCGGCAAGGUCCCCGUGAAGGCGGCCAUCUCACCCAAAGCCCAAACCAAUGGCGCAGUGGCCAAGAAAUCACCAAACAUCCCAGCUAAAGGUCAGAAGGACCAGAGCCCUGGGCCGAAAAAGGCCAAGAAGGCCAAGAUGGAGGCGAAGAACGUCAAUGAGGGGGAAGCCAACGCAGCAGAAUCUGGCAAAACGGAAAAAAAGAACGAGAAAAACAAGAAGACAACUGUGAAGAAGAAGACCAGAUUGGGAAAGAAUAAAUUCAAUAAGUUGAAGAAAGUGCUUCAAAAGGAAUGGAACGGAGAGUGAAACUGCUUAAUGCGUCAAUGUGUACAUGAUUAUGUAAGACUUUUUAAGAGCUGUUUUCCCUUCUCAGGGUGUAGAAGUAUCGUCUGAAAUGUUGUCAGAUGUCCUCUGGAUUGAGCAGCUUCCUGGUUGUUGUUCAUCUAUUUUACACCUUUUCAGAAGACUUGCAUUAUCAUAGGGACACAAUUUAUCAAUGAACUCAAGAAACCCUACCUUUGUAUCUCUACAGAGGUCCCCAUCCAUUAUAAUCUAUUGAUUGUUUGACUUUAUUUGUUUAAUGAGUGAGAACAUAGGUGUACUGAGGCAAUAAAAUAUUUACCCAUUUCUUUGGCAAUAUACUGUUAGGAGUCUUAAAUUAAUAUAAAAUGGUCUUGUUUUGAUCAUUCUAAACCCUUGAAAAAUUAUUUGAAUUAUGGAGUGAUGUUUUUGCAUAGGAAAUGGUUCCCAUUUGGCACUAAAACAUUUAUACAUAUUGCUAAUUGUUUCAGAACAAGUGCUUGCAUGAAUACACAACUCACCCAAUGUAUACUG